UGCGGCACAUCGAUUCGUGCUUCAGUACUAUUCAAAUGGUAUUUUGUAGUGGAAGAGCAGCCUAUCUCAUACCGCACAAACCGUGUGAAUCUUGGACUGCCCCCCCCCUCCUUACUCUACUUGCGACCGUCACCUGGAUUGCAGCGAUUCCUUUCCCCUGGAGCACGGCGGAGCGGGCGGGCGGAUGGAGAGACACAAAAAAAAGUGCCGAAACAUCAAGUGUAUUGUUGUGUUGUGUUGUAGCCUAGAAUCUGGUGUAUUUGUUUUUGGUUCAAGAUGGAAUCACGAUGUCUCUGUCCAUGCGGAGUGAAUACUCUGUGAAUCACGAAUUGAGGGUGC